AUGAAGCUCACUUCUUUAGUGCUAUGUCUGUUGCUUCUUUUGUGUCAUACCCAUUUCUCACUGGCCAAGGGUAAAAAGACUAUCCCCACAUCCAAACGGGGCAACACCAACACUAACUCAGGCAGCAAAAGUAAUCAGGGCUCCAGCUCUCAUGGAGGACACACUAAACAGUCUGGACAAGCUAAUCAAGGAGGCUCCAAUCAACACCCAGGCAGCCGUAACCAGCACCCGGCAUGGGGGUCCCCAUAUGGUGGUCAUGGCAGUCAUGGUAGUUAUGGUGGUCAUGGUCGUUAUGGUGGUUAUGGUCGUUAUGGUGGUUAUGGUCGUUAUGGUCAUCAUCGUGGUCAUGGUCAUAAAGGCAAUUAUGGUCAUGGUGUUUUUGGAAGUUCUGGUGGUCAAGGUGGUCAUGGCGGUUAUGGUAAUUAUGGCUACCCCAACCAAAACCCAAACAACAAAAUUCUGAGCCCUUACUACGGGGGCAGCCUUGGAUAUGGGGGCUACGGUGCUGGGGGCGGGUCUCCGUUUUCCCACGCAGUUCAGGAUAUGAAUAUGUAUCCCAGUGACAAAUCCAAAGGGUUUGGACGCAGUGCGUUCAGGGCAGCAGAUGGACGGGUUAUGGCAGGAGCGGCCGUAGGUUAUGGGGUAGGAAGAUUCCCUCGCCCUCCCUUCGACUUCAAAAACUCAGAGGAGCAGCACCACUACAACCACUACAUGUACAAGAAAUAUGGUGCAAAGUCCAAUGAUACCAAUGACUACAGCAGAGACUACAUGUACGUCCCACCUCCUCAAACCUACGAAAGCUACAUGGACUCCUGCAUGAAACGAACAGACCUUCUGACUUCAGACAACCAAAAGCAAAAAAACAAAUCAGCCAUCACUAACUCAACCACUGUCGUCACCUCAGCUCCAGAUGCUGGCCCGAGAAGCAGCAACACAACAGAGACCAACAACACAGCUGCAGAAAACUCCUCAACCUCUGCAACUCCAACUCCCCAUCCUCCAAAUCAGCCCUUAGCCAGUCCCAUCACUCCAACUUCACAGGAUGUCAGCAGCGAUGAAAAUGAUGAUGACACAGUCAGUAUCAUGGAGAUCGGCUUUCCAGCGCUGAUUAAACAGCUUAAAGUCAGGAAAUGCGUGGAGCUGUACAUGAAUUACAAUGAAAAGUACUUACAGAGAGUGGUGGCAGGGGUGCAGGGACUGGAGAUGGGCUUGCGAGGGAUGUUAGCAGUGGUCACCAGUGCUUUAGUGAUGCUACUGAACAGCAACAUGCUAACACUGCUCCAUUAG